GAGAGAUGAGAAGUGGACAUUGUGUGGAGGUCUCCAGCCAUGACUCCAGGCUGUAGUGAGAUCUAUCUUCACGGAGCGGUAAGGACUGAGCUCAGACCAAAGGGAGGGAGUCCGCAGAGGAGAUGGUGCGACUGCCAGUGGGACAAGAGAGUCCGGACUCUAGCAGCCUACAUCCCUGCAGAUGUAAUCCUCCGUUGAUUGCUCAACAAAUGACCAGCAUACAUACCAAUAAUCGACUGCAGAGCGAGCGAGUGAACAUUAUUCCUCCACUAGUCUGUCUCUUUGACCAACUUUGACCUUUCAGAUUAGCCACGCCCACUUUGUCUUAUUGCUAGGCAACGCAACAAGGCAUGGAGAAGUGCAGCAGGAGAAUUCGCUCGGUGUCGGAGCCGGCUCUGCGACUCCACUGCGGCGGGGUGUCGAGAGAGAGACGGCGGGAAAGUCAGGUCGGCUAUGAAACUGGAAGAGACCGCGCCGCGCUCUCCGUCAGCCGCUGGUCCUCUGAUGAGGUGUGCGCGGUGCUGUACUAUCUGGUGUGUCGAUGUGAUCAAUCACAGCUCAACAUUCUACAUACAAGCUUGGAGAGUGUUCCACAUCGAGACCUGCAGCUGAGCUCGUCAGUGGGUGUGGCCUCUGGACUUGAGCUCCGCCCAGUCUCCACCCCUCUGUCUCGAGAGGUCAGAGUCCGACUGAGAAAGUCCAGGAUACCACAGAACAAGAGGUUGUACAGAGCUCAGAGUGUGGUACUCCAUGAAGAGGUACAUACAGUACAUGGGCUGCUGCUUCUCAAGAGUGUGGUUUGUUAUUCGCUUGGAAUAGUUUCAACUCUGUUCUUUGUGAUUACAAUUUUGAGCCUUGAGGAUCACACUAUAGAUACAAGCAGAAUUUAUCCCACCAAAUUUGUCCCCCCUGCCAGCUCCCCAUCAGAUCUUUCACAUCUUCCCCCCCAUCACACCCUCCCCCAUCAGACGGUGAGUCCUGUGACCAACAGUCCCUCCUGUCACCUCAUCUCCUUUCCCAGGACACCCCUACUCCCCAGUCUCCCACCCUCACCAUCUCCACUCCUCACACCUCUCCCUCCCUCC